AUGGCGUCCCCUCUCUCUAUAUACUUCUCUCCAUAUUCUCUAGCUCGACCCAGCAACAAUCAAACUCGAAACCGUCAAAACAAAGCGAUACCACCCAGAAAUCUCCGUAAGAAUCCUAAUUAUGAGCACAAAACUCGUACAACCUCUCGCAACCUGCCUUUAUCCUCCACCUCCGGCGGCGAAGCCACCACCUUUACUCGUCUCCCUCCCAAAGACGACUUUGUAGAUUCUCCCUUCGAUUCUACAUUCCAAUCUCCGGCGGAAGUCAAGCUCUCCGACUCCACCAUCACACAAACCCCCAAUAAAAAUGUGUCUAAAGCGAAAAAUGAACUCGAAAAUGAUCGAUUGAGGAGUGAAGAUGAAGAAAUCGACGGAAAAUUAGCGUUUGAUUAUGGAAAUUUUGAGUUGUUUGAAAUAAAUUCAGAUUCUGAUUAUGGAAGUGACGAUGAUUUGGGGGAUGGUGGGAAUGGGGUGGUGGCGUUUCGGAGAGAGAAAUAUGUGCCGCUGGGCGGGCCGUCCGGUGGAGACGGAGGAAGGGGAGGAAAUGUUUAUGUGGAGGUUGAUGAAUCGAUGAAUUCGUUGUUGCCCUUCAGGCAAAGUGUGCAUUUUAGGGCGGGGAGGGGGGCACAUGGGCAGGGGAGGAAGCAGAAUGGGGCCAAGGGGGAGGAUGUGGUAGUGAAGGUGCCACCAGGGACGGUGAUAAGGGAGGCUGGCAAGGAUGGUGUUGAAGGGAAUGAGCUUUUGGAAUUGUUGCAUCCGGGGCAAAGGGCGUUGUUGUUGCCGGGUGGAAGAGGUGGGAGAGGGAAUGCAUCAUUCAAGUCGGGGACAAAUAAGGUGCCAAAGAUUGCUGAGAAUGGAGAAGAAGGUCUAGAAAUGUGGCUGGAGUUAGAGCUAAAGCUGGUUGCAGAUGUUGGAAUAAUUGGUGCUCCGAAUGCAGGGAAGAGCACAUUUCUCAGUGUCGUUAGUGCUGCUCAGCCAACUAUUGCAAAUUAUCCCUUUACAACUUUACUUCCAAAUCUGGGUGUAGUUUCAUUUGAUUAUGAUGCUACAAUGGUCGUUGCUGAUCUACCAGGUCUACUUGAAGGAGCACACCGAGGUUUUGGUUUAGGCCAUGAGUUUCUUCGGCACACAGAAAGAUGUUCAGUUCUGCAACCAGAAUAUGAAUUUGAUGCGGUUCGCCUUGAGCUGGAAAUGUUUAAUCCUGAUCUUGCUGAUAAGCCUUAUUUAGUAGCAUACAAUAAAAUGGAUCUUCCAGAGGCAUAUGAAAAUUGGGUAUCAUUCAAGGAAAGACUACAUAUUCGUGGGAUUGAACCUUUUUGCAUGAGUGCUGUGAAGAGAGAGGGACGCAGGAAGUAA